GGGUUUCUUAUUUGAUCCAAACUUGUUGUGUGACAUUAUAAAAUAUGUUUAGCUAGAUUGGCUUUAGGUUUAUUUUGUUCAAGUCCAAAGGUCAAUAUUAGUCUCUAUAAAGACAUAAAGACAACCUAAAUAAAUAAAACAUUAUCUCUAUUCAUAUUAUAUCUAGUAAUUCGACGUGAGUCAGGGAUGCAAUUCUUCACAAAGUAGAUCCAUCACACUUGUAAUUUUCAGAUUAUGCCAAUAGUUUUAUGUAGGAAAAAAAAAAUAAAAAAAUAAAAAAAUAAUAAAAAUAAAAAAGAAAACAAAAAAUCUACUACGUAUAAGUGAAAGGAACCGUGUGGAGCCCAAACAAAAGAAAACAAAUCGUGAGACAAAAAAUCUAAUAUUCGGCUUCCUAUAAAACCCUGCUGACAAUCUCAAGUUGCUUCUAAAUUCUUCAAAACAGACCCCAUUCUCAGAUUUUUCUCUCUUACAACAUUCUUCUUCUCCAAACUUUCUUCCCCUCAAGUUUCCUGUCCAUUAUUCUAGAACCAUCAACUUGCAUACUGCAUAUUCUCCGCAUCUCAAUUUCAACCUUGAUGAUUUAGAGGAUGCAGUAUAAAAUAUUCUUUGCCUUUCAUUUUUAUUGAUUCUAGUUGAAUUUCAGCCUGGAAUCAGCUCAUCUUAAUCGAAUCCUCAUCUUUUAAAUCCUCCCUACUUGUUAGUAUAUUUUCUUUGUCCUUCCUAUGAUUAGGUUCCAAUAUUCGACUUCUUUUUUGGCCGAAAACUUUUGUAUAUAAUUGAACGGCAUCUUCACAAGGGAUUAGCUAGGUAACUAGCAAGCAAGCAAUUGUAAGGUUCUAAUAAUUUUGAUCUUUUCUUAAGAGAAAAUCAAAAUCAUGUCAAGUAGAAAGGCGAAGGAGAUGAUCGAGGGGACCGAGAAUAUGGGGAAGACAGUAUGGGAUAGAGAUAAAGGGAAAGGAAAUCCUCAACAACAGCAAUGGACGCCAGUUUUUGAUGAAGCGUCCAGUGCUGCUGCUGCUGCUGCAGGACGUCCCUCUAAGAAAAUUCGAAGUCCGGAACGCCAGUUUAUUCCAUCCUCGCAAUCACAGCUUUUUAAUCCUUUCCCUUUUACAAAUACUUCUUCAAAGAUUGCAUUUCCAUUUACAUUUGAUGGUUCUUCCAAUCAAAUGAAUCAGCCUCAGUUUUCUGAUUUAAACACACAAACAAUUCCACUACAGCAACAGCAACAGCAGCAGCAGAUGAUCUCGUUUAAUCAAGGUUGUGGAUAUCAGUACCCGUAUCAGCCUACGGCGUCGAAUCAACAAAUGCAGCAACUCCAAUAUUGGAGUGAAGCAUUAAAUUUAAGUCCAAGAGGAAGAUUAAUGAUGAUGAACAGAUUUGCCAACCAAGGAUUUGGACGGCAAAUGCCUCAAGGGGGAAGCCCAGUGCCGCCUAUCUCAACCACCAAGCUAUAUCGUGGCGUGAGACAGAGGCACUGGGGGAAAUGGGUGGCAGAAAUACGCCUCCCACGAAAUCGAACACGGCUAUGGCUCGGCACCUUUGACACUGCAGAGGAUGCCGCCUUAGCAUAUGACAGGGAGGCAUUUAAGUUACGAGGGGAGAAUGCAAGGCUCAAUUUUCCUGAGCUUUUUCUUAACAAAGGUAAUAGUACUACACCUUCAUCAUGUACUCAACCUCAAGAAAUGGAAGCCCCACCUCCACCACCUCCACCGGCCCCGGUGGAGGUAGUAGAACCAGAGUUGUCCUCAGGGGCUGCAUCAAGUGAUGUGACAGUGAUGAGCGAUCCAGCACAAACAGCCAGGGAAGGCGGUUCCGAGACCUCGGAAUGGCCUUGGAAAGAAAUGACAGAUGCUUGGUUGAAUGCAAUUCCAGCUGGUUGGGGACCAGGAAGUCCUGUUUGGGAUAAUUUUAGUGAUAAUAAUCUUUUCCUGCAACAAAACAACCCGUUCGCGUCGAAUUUGAGUCACCCAGGUUAUCAUCAAGACCAACUAAACCAACAGGAAGAAUUCUUUGGCUCAUCACCAUCUUUUUCCCCAUCUUCUUGUCCUAUGAGGCCUUUUUUCUCUAAGGAUCAAGACUAGUUUCUUAUCUUUACCCUUUCUAUUUUUUCUUAAGAUUCUCAUAUUUCAUUUUUCAUUAUUCAUAGGUUUUGUUCCCCAAUUUCAUUUUCCAUUUCCUCUGUUUCUUUUCUCUGUUUCUUCUAUUCUUUUUCACACUUUUGUUUUAGAAUAACUUGAAUGUUGUUUGCGUUACUCUAAGCCCUAUAUCGCUUUCUACUUCUAUCACAUCCAAACACACUGGCUUCAGAUUUUUUUUUAUAAAGCCAGAAAAACCCAUCCAUCUGCUCGCUGCAUGUAGGCUGUUUAUUAUCAAGCCAUUUGCAGAUGUAAUAGUCUCGAUUUAGUUGUCACGUUACUAGUUCACUUUUAAUCUCGGAAAGAUGCAGUAUUCUUGGGGGAAAAAGUUGAUAGGAGUAGUUGGUAAAAAGGGCCAUAGCAGAGAUAGGUGCUUUGUUUCCCUUCUUUGUAGUUGGUACUUCCAUCUCAAGCUAUGCAUUUUUCAGUAGCUAAAGAUGGUUGUCCUUUUUAUUUUUUCCUUAAUUUUUUAGGAUUUAUUAUAUUGCUUUGGUAGUAGUGAUUAACAGUAUAAUUAGGUAUAUCAUUUUCGGAUUAUGUAUUAAUGUUGGUUGUUGAUGUUGUAUGCUCCUUUUUUCUUUCUUUUUUUUUUUUUUUUUCUUGACAGAGUUGUAUGUUCCUUAUUGACACUUUGUGUUAUUCUCAUAUGUUUGUAAUAUAUUAUAUGGUUUGCGACUAAGAAAACAUAUGUACCUUAUAUGCAUAUUAAUUUAAUGUUUGAGAUAUUUAGGGCUUCAUUUGAAAA